AUGUUGACCACCGAAGCUUCUGAACAGGCCUUGGGGAAACCACCGUUGUACGAUGAGGCGAAGACUAUUGUGCAGAGUUCAGAGGUCGGCGAGUCCAUAGACCCUCAGGCUGAACGGAGUAUUGUCUGGAAGUUCGACCUCCGCAUUCUCCCUGUAUUAGCGGUCAUGUAUCUCUUCAACAGUCUGGAUAAAUCAAACCUUGGGAACGCUAAGACUGCAGGUUUGGAAAAAACCCUCCAUCUACACGGCAACCAGUACAACCUGAUAUUGAGCAUCUUCUUCAUUCCAUAUGUCUUGACGGCCCCAUUUCUUGGAAUUCUGGGAAAGAUGUAUGGUCCUAACCGUGUUUUGCCUUGCAUGAUGUUGUGCUUUGGUGUCUGCACGCUCCUUGUCGUCGCAGUCUACAACUUCGGAGGCCUUCUCGCGAUUCGAUGGUUCUUGGGCAUGUCAGAGAGCGCUUUCUUCCCUCUCGUAAUAUAUUAUCUGACCACGUUUUAUCGUCGAGGAGAAUUAGCAAGGCGCCUUGCAAUUUUCUACGCAGCCCAGAGUAUUGCUUCUGCCUUUUCAGGCCUGCUUGCUUUUGGUGUUUUUCACAUUCAGUCCGGUGCACUGGCCUCAUGGCGCUACCUUUUCCUCAUAGAAGGCGCGGGUACUAUCGUCGUCGCCAUCUUCGCAGUCUGGUAUUUGCCGAGGUCUGCAUCGGAGGCCAGCUUUCUCACCGCACCAGAGAAAGCACUCGCGUACGAAAGAAUGCGACUUGAUAGUUCUUCUAUCGUCAAUGAGAAGUUUGAUGUGCGCGAGGCAUUCACCAUCUUCAAACAUCCUACAACUUGGGUGAUUCUGAGUAUCGAGGUCUGCUUGGGUGUUCCAUUACAAUCUGUUCAGCUUUUCUUGCCGCAAAUCAUCAAUCGACUAGGAUACAGCACUGUCAAGACAAAUCUCUACACAGUUGCCCCUAACGUAUCGGGAGCUGUUAUGCUUCUGAUCUUGGCAUUUCUCAGUGACAGGACCCGGUGGAGAUUUCCAUUCGUUGCAUUGGGGUUUCUCUUCACAUUUGUUGGAUUCAUUAUUUAUGUCGCCAUUGAUGUCGAGCAUGAUAUUAAUCUUGCAUAUUUUGCUUCCUUUAUGAUGACCUGGGGCACAUCAGCACCGUCUGUUUUGCUAGAUGUUUGGUACAACAACAAUAUCGCGAGUGAAAGGAAACGCGUUGCUUUGACAAGCAUUGGUGUCCCUCUGGCUAAUUUGAUGGGUGUGGUCAGUUCAAAUAUCUUCCGGAGUCAGGAUGCACCAAAAUACAUACCGGCUCUCAUCACAACUGCUGCUUUUGGAGGAACUGGCUUUGUCUUGACAUUGAUACUAGGUGCCUGGAUGAUUAUUGACAAUAAGCGACGGAAUGUGAAGCAAGGCGUCACCCUGAGGGCUCAGGAUGUCCCAACAGAAAGGUUGAGGGAGGGUCCUGCCAACCCUGAUUUUAGAUGGUGGUACUAG